AUGCCGGUUGCGGAAUGGACGUUAUUUGGACCUGAGAUUCUGGACCAGACGGCUGAAAACUUGAAGUUCUUAAAAAUUAAGCUGAAGGAAGCCCAAGAUCGACAGAAAAUUUAUGGGGACAAACGUCGGAAGGAGCUAGAGUUUGAAGUGGGCUAUCUAGUGUAUCUUAAAGCGAUGAACUAUAAGGGAAAAGGGCGAAUCACCAAGAGGAAAAAGUUGAGCCCAAUGUACAAUGGUCCAUACAAGGUGAUUGAACAAGUAGGUACGGGUGCGUACAAAAUGGACUUACCACCAAAGUUAGAAGCCUUUCAUAAGGUUUUCCAUGUAUCACAACUACGGAAAUGCCUAAGUGAAGAGGACGAAGUGGUGGAGGAUGUGCCACCUGAAUUGCGAGAAAACCUGAUUGUGAAAGCAACGCCUAUUCGAAUCAUUGAUCGAAUGGUAAAGGGAUUGCGCAGGAAAAAUAUUAACAUGGUGAAAAUCUUGUGGAGUUGCGGUGAACGCGACGAAGCUACUUGGGAGACCCAAAAUAAAAUGAAGGCUAAUUAUCCUAAGUGGUUUAAGGAGAUGGGAGAAUAUCAACUUGAGCCGGAUUCUGGGACAAAUCCCUUUCAAGGAGGGGAUACUUGUAACGCCCGCGAUCCUGAAUAG